ACGUUCAGUUUCCGUCACACAUCGGACAUCAAUAUGUGGUGCACACGGCUUAUGCAUGGCGUCCUUCAACUAUAACCGCGUCUAGCUCGAAAGUUCUUUCUUUUUUCUCUUUACUGUUCUACAGGAUUUGAUUUUAGCUGUUUUCUCUACUAAUUGUAUUAAUACCCGGAACAAUGGCGACAAGGACCGCGUGCCAAGUUGUCAGGAGGCGGUUUUCGUCCGCUGCAGCGGCUCUGCGUCCGUCACCCGCAGAGAUACGCGGUCACCGCAACGCCGUGUUCUCCAGAGAGCAGGAAAGGCAGAGAGCUCUGUUCCCCCGCAUCGAGAAGAUCGAGGUGUCCCUGAGGGGGCCUGGCCUGGACGGCACACUCCUGAUCAUGAACAAAGGCAUGUCCACUCCACUGAGCUGCGCCAGACAUCUGACUGAGUAUCAUGUGAACAAUUCGGCAUUGGCGCUUGUGGACGGAGAGCUGUGGCCGCUCAACCGGCCCCUCGCCGACUCCUGCACCCUCACUCUGCUCACGUUCAACGACAGCGACCCGACUCUCCUCAAUGAGGCGUACUGGCGUUCCUGCUCCGCCCUGCUUGGCCAAGUCCUGGAGACGGCGUUUAAGGACGAUUACACCGUGGAGCUGCUCAGCACACCGGAGGUCCCAGUGACUUCAGGGGCGUUCUGCUGUGACGUCGUCCUCGACCCUCAGCUGGACUCCUGGACUCCAUCGCUGGAGUCUCUGCGUUCUCUGACCCGCGGCGCCCAGCAGCUGAUCCAUCAGAACCUGGCCUGGGAGCCUCUGGAGGUGGUGUCCUCAGUGGCGCUGGAGGUUUUCUCACAUAGCAGGUGUAAACAGGAGGAAGUAGAACAGAAAGCAUCAGACAGUCCUAAAGGCACAGUCAUGCUCUACAGAUGUGGUGAUCAUGUGCUGCUGAGUGGGGGCCCUCUAGUGGCCAGAACAGGCCUGUGCUCCCAGUAUGAGGUGACAGCCAUGCACAGCUUGGGUCAGGGGCCCUGGGGUCAUCACCGCAGAACGCAGGGCCUCUCUCUGCCUCUGCAGCUGCAGGCUCAUCACACGGUCUGGAGGAGACUGAGGCAGCGGGCAGAGAAGCUGGUAGAAGCAGGAGAGAAACCAGAAUCGACUCCACCCCCCUCUGCUGACUCGGCUCGGCCUCCAGCAAGCCAGUGAUGGCCUUCCACCCCAUGCAGACCCUCAACCAUGUAUCGUUUGUUCAAUAAAUGCUCAACAUGAGCCACAAAUCGGCUUCAUUUUUGUGAUCCUUGCAGCUGUAAACAAAUGAGCCAAAAUAAAUAAAGUGACAUGUGUCUGCUCUUUGCAACAAAGGCCCUGUGUGUGUGCAUGUGUGUGUGCAUGUGUGUGUGUGUAGCCGCAGCUGUUGUGUGUGUCAGUGUUCAGACAGGUGGCUCCUGACCCUCCGAGUUUCACAGAAGCGGCUGAGCUGGAGUCUUUUGACUUGUUUUCGCCAGAAGUGCAGUGAUGAACUUGACCCAAGAGAAGUCCCAUCAGAAAUGCUCGCCGCAGCUGUUGGCGCCGAUCAGGCAUCCCGCUCCAAGAGACACACCCCGGGCCAUGUGCUGCACACUUAGGGUCCAGCGCCUGCACCAGCUGAGGAGCUUGAAUGUGUGCCCUGAAUGCCUCUGCAAUCCAGAUAUUAAAUCAUAAAGUCCUUUUGUAAUGUCAGACAGCGAGUUUAGCAGCAUCAGGAUCGAGUUUAGCUUCAUAUUCUGUUUCCUUCUAGUUACAGAGUGUGUGUUUAGGAGGUUUUGCUGGUUUGGAUGGUGACUGACAUCACGCCAUCACAAAGUAGUCUGUGUGAGUGAACAGGAGAAACAUUUAGCAGAUGAUACAAAGUAAGCUGAAGUUUUUGUUGCAGCAGAGAGGAGACACAUUCUCUAACUGGCCUUGAUUGUUUACUCUGUUCAUAUUCGGUUUAUUAAUGGUUUUAAGUUUCUCUGUCUUAAUGCAUCAUAAAAAGGGGAAACGAUUUAAUUUAACAGUAUUAAGACGUAACUUUUAUGCCAAAUUUAAAGUGACAAACAUUCCUGAAAUUGAAUUGUAUUCCAAAAAGUAAUUAAAUGUUGAAGUAACUUGUGUUAAAGUAUCUUCUAAGAAUCUUUGUGGCUCGUUACGCUGCCAGUAGAAAGAAUCUCCUGUAGCAGUCAGUAUUGUGACAAAUCUGAUUGUACCUCUGAUUAAAGACUCGGCUUCCUGCCAACAACAUUCCACAACAGCUUGUCCUGGAUGACACAAGUAUUAGCAUUUUUACUCCCCAUUAGUGCUAAUCCACCUCGUUUGCUUUUGCCUCUUUAAAUCCUUGCCCGUCUUGAGAUAUUUUGAAUUGACAUUAAGGCCGACGUGUCCAUGGAUCUUAACAUCUGUUAUCUCUCUAUCUGUGUAUUUCAUCGUGCAAGUGGCAACGCAAAGUGAUGAGGAAGAAAAAGCAAGAUUUCAAUAAAUGUUACUUGAAAACUGC